GAAGCCUCCCGCCGGAAGUGUCUGAGGCCUAAGGGAAGUGACGCCACACGAACCUCUUUUGCCUGGCGUUUCAUCAUCUGCGCAAUCUUCCUCCCGCUCCCGUUUCGGCCCUCGACUACGGCCCGCCCGGACUGAGUGCCAGCCGCCAUGUCGCGAUUUUUUACCACCGGCUCGGACAGCGAGUCCGAGUCCUCCCUGUCCGGGGAGGAGUUGGCACCGAAGCCCGUGGGGGGCAACUACGGCAAACAGCCAUUGCUGCUGAGUGAAGAUGAAGAGGACACUAAGAGGGUCGUUCGAAGUGCCAAAGACAAAAGGUUUGAGGAGCUAACCAACCUUAUUCGUACCAUCCGGAAUGCCAUGAAAAUUCGAGAUGUCACUAAAUGUCUUGAGGAAUUUGAGCUCCUCGGAAAGGCAUUUGGAAAAGCCAAGAGCAUUGUGGACAAAGAGGGUGUCCCUCGAUUCUACAUCCGCAUCCUGGCUGAUUUGGAGGACUAUCUCAAUGAGCUAUGGGAGGACAAAGAAGGAAAGAAGAAGAUGAACAAGAACAAUGCAAAGGCUCUGAGCACCCUGCGUCAGAAGAUCCGUAAAUAUAAUAGAGAUUAUGAAGCCCAGAUCACCAGCUAUAAGCAGAACCCUGAGCAGUCUGCAGAUGAGGAUGCUGAGAAAAAUGAGGAAGACUCAGAAGGUUCUUCUUCUUCAGAUGAGGAUGAGGAUGGUCUCAGUGCCACAAGUUUCCUAAAGAAGAAAUCUGAGGCACCAUCUGGGGAAAGUCGAAAAUUCCUCAAGAAGAUGGAGGAUGAAGAUGAGGACUCUGAGGAUUCAGAUGAUGAUGAAGAUUGGGGUUCAGAUUCUACGUCUUCAGAUUCUGACUCAGAGGAAGAUGAUGGGAAAUAUACCCUGCUGGCUUCCAAAUUCCUUAAAAAAGAUAGCACCACAGACAAAAAGGCUGCAGAGAAGAAGCGGGAAGACAAAGCCAAGAAAAAGCAUGACCGAAAAUCCAAGCGCCUAGAUGAGGAGGAGGAGGAUAAUGAAGGCGGGGAGUGGGAGAGGGUUCGAGGAGGGGCACCACUGGUCAAGGAGAAGCCUAAAAUGUUUGCCAAGGGAACAGAGAUUACCCAUGCAAUUGUAGUCAAGAAGCUGAAUGAGAUUCUGCAAGCUCGUGGCAAGAAAGGAACUGAUCGUGCAGCCCAAAUUGAGCUGCUGCAGCUUCUGGUUCAGAUCGCAGCAGAAAAUAACCUAGGGGAAGGAGUGAUUGUUAAGAUCAAAUUCAACAUCAUUGCAUCCCUCUACGACUACAACCCCAACUUAGCCACAUAUAUGAAGCCAGAGAUGUGGCAGAAAUGCUUAGACUGCAUCAAUGAAUUGAUGGACAUCUUGUUUGCAAACCCCAACAUUUUUGUUGGUGAGAAUAUCCUGGAAGAGAGUGAGAACCUCUCCAACUUUGAGCAGCCACUUCGAGUUCGUGGUUGUAUUUUAACUCUAGUGGAAAGGAUGGAUGAAGAGUUUACCAAGAUUAUGCAGAACACAGAUCCUCAUUCUCAAGAAUAUGUGGAGCAUCUCAAAGAUGAGGCCCGAGUCUGUGCUAUCAUUGAGCGGGUUCAGCGUUACUUGCAGGAAAAAGGAACCACUGAAGAGAUCUGCCGGAUCUAUCUUCGUCGUGUGCUCCAUACUUACUACAAGUUUGACUAUAAGGCCCAUCAACGGCAGCUUGCUCCCCCUGAAGGGUCCUCAAAGUCAGAGCAAGAUCAGGCUGAAAAUGAGGGGGAGGAUUCAGCUGUGCUGAUGGAGAGGCUAUGCAAGUACAUCUAUGCCAAGGAUCGGACAGACAGAAUUCGGACAUGUGCCAUCCUCUGCCACAUCUAUCACCAUGCCCUUCACUCUCGCUGGUACCAAGCUCGGGACCUCAUGCUCAUGAGCCACCUGCAGGACAACAUUCAGCAUGCAGACCCUCCAGUGCAGAUCCUUUAUAACCGUACCAUGGUGCAGCUGGGUAUCUGCGCCUUCCGGCAAGGCCUGACCAAGGACGCACACAAUGCUCUCCUGGACAUUCAAUCUAGUGGCCGUGCUAAGGAACUGCUGGGGCAGGGUCUGCUGCUCAGGAGCCUGCAGGAGCGAAACCAGGAGCAAGAGAAGGUGGAACGUCGACGCCAGGUGCCCUUCCACUUGCAUAUCAACCUGGAGCUACUCGAAUGUGUCUAUUUGGUAUCUGCCAUGCUUCUGGAGAUCCCUUACAUGGCAGCCCAUGAAAGUGAUGCUCGGAGGCGUAUGAUCAGCAAACAGUUCCAUCACCAAUUGCGUGUGGGGGAGCGGCAGCCCUUGCUUGGUCCACCUGAGUCAAUGAGAGAACAUGUAGUAGCAGCAUCUAAAGCCAUGAAGAUGGGGGACUGGAAGACCUGCCACAGCUUUAUUAUAAAUGAGAAGAUGAAUGGGAAAGUUUGGGAUUUGUUCCCUGAGGCCAACAAAGUCCGCACCAUGCUGGUUAGAAAGAUCCAGGAAGAGUCACUACGCACCUAUCUCUUCACCUAUAGCAGUGUUUAUGACUCUAUAAGCAUGGAGACAUUAUCUGAUAUGUUUCAAUUGGAUUUGCCUACUGUUCAUUCCAUAAUCAGCAAAAUGAUCAUCAGUGAGGAGCUUAUGGCCUCUCUGGACCAGCCAACACAGACAGUGGUGAUGCACCGCACUGAGCCCACAGCCCAGCAGAAUCUGGCCUUGCAGCUGGCAGAAAAACUGGGAAGCUUGGUGGAAAACAAUGAACGUGUCUUUGACCAUAAGCAGGGUACCUAUGGAGGUUAUUUUAGAGACCAGAAAGAUGGCUACCGAAAAAAUGAGGGAGGCUACAUGCGUCGGGGAGGCUACCGCCAACAGCAAUCACAGACUUCCUAUUGACUUCCUCAGGACAUGCAACCCUGAAAUGUAACAUUCAUCUAGAAUAAUUAAAAGUCUAUAUUGUGUUGACAUGA